CGCGAGCUGGUUGCGAUCUUAACAACCUCGAUCGCGGUCAUGAUUGGCUGCUUCGUUGUUCUCGUGUGGCGGAGAUCUGGAAAUCGGAAAGUUAAGACCGUGGUGCUUCCUAAGCCGUUAAUUUCGAAGGAGACGGAGCCCGAAGUUGAAGACGGGAAGAAGAAGGUUACGAUAUUCUUCGGUACGCAGACAGGCACCGCCGAAGGAUUUGCUAAGGCUCUAUGUGAUGAGGCAAAAGCACGGUACGACAAGGCCACAUUUAGAGUUGUUGAUUUGGAUGAUUAUGGGGCUGACUACGAUGAAUACGAAAUGAAAUUGAAGAACGAGUCUUUUGCUCUCUUCUUAUUGGCAACGUACGGCGAUGGAGAGCCCACUGAUAAUGCCGCUAGAUUCUAUAAAUGGUUCACCGAGGGGAAAGAGAGAGGGGAGUGGCUUCAGAACCUUCAUUAUGCAGUCUUUGGCCUUGGCAACCGACAAUAUGAGCAUUUUAAUAAGAUUGCAAUAGUGGCAGAUGAGGCGCUUGAGGCUCAGGGAGGCAAGCGCCUUGUGAAAGCUGGUCUUGGAGAUGACGAUCAAUGCAUAGAGGAUGACUUCACUGCUUGGCGAGAAUUAUUGUGGCCUGAGUUGGAUCAGUUGCUUCUGGAUGAGGAGGAUGCAACAGCAGUGACCACACCUUACAGAGCUGCCGUAUCAGAAUAUCGAGUUGUAUUCCAUGAUCAAGAAGAUGUAGCUGCUGAGAACAACUGGAUAAAUGCAAAUGGUCAUACUGUAUAUGAUGCUCAACAUCCAUUCAGAUCUAAUGUGGUUGUGAGGAAGGAGCUCCAUACGCCAGCAUCCGAUCGUUCGUGUUCUCAUCUAGAGUUUGAUAUUUCUGGGUCUGGACUCAAAUAUGAAACAGGGGAUCAUGUUGGAGUUUACUGUGAGAAUUUAACUGAGACUGUGGAUGAGGCACUAAACUUAUUGGGUUUGUCUCCUGAAACAUAUUUCUCCAUACAUACUGACAAUGAGGAUGGUACUCCACUAGGUGGAAGUUCUUUACCACCUCCUUUUCCAUCUUGCACCCUCAGAACAGCAUUGACUCGAUAUGCAGAUCUCUUGAAUUCACCCAAGAAGUCAGUGUUGCUCGCACUAGCAGCACAUGCUUCAAAUCCUGUAGAGGCCGACCGAUUAAGAUAUCUUGCAUCACCUGCUGGGAAGGAUGAAUAUGCCCAGUCUGUGAUUGGUUGCCAGAAAAGCCUUCUUGAGGUCAUGGCUGAAUUUCCUUCUGCUAAGCCCCCACUUGGUGUCUUCUUUGCUGCUGUUGCACCACGCUUGCAGCCUCGAUUCUACUCCAUAUCAUCAUCUCCAAGGAUGGCUCCAUCUCGAAUUCAUGUUACUUGUGCUUUAGUCUAUGACAAAAUGCCAACAGGACGUAUUCAUAAAGGAGUGUGCUCAACUUGGAUGAAGAAUUCUGUGCCCAUGGAGAAAAACCAUGAUUGUAGUUGGGCUCCAAUUUUUGUGAGGCAAUCGAACUUCAAGCUUCCUGCAGACAGUAGAGUGCCUAUAAUCAUGGUUGGUCCUGGAACUGGAUUGGCUCCUUUCAGAGGUUUCUUACAGGAAAGAUUAGCUUUGAAAGAAGCUGGAGUAGAAUUGGGGCCUUCAAUAUUGUUCUUUGGAUGCAGAAACCGUAGAAUGGAUUAUAUCUACGAGGAUGAACUGAACAACUAUGUUGAGACUGGUGCACUCUCCGAGUUGGUUAUUGCCUUCUCACGUGAUGGGCCAACAAAGGAAUAUGUGCAGCAUAAAAUGACAGAGAAGGCUUCAGACAUCUGGAAUUUGAUAUCACAAGGUGCUUACUUAUAUGUUUGUGGUGAUGCAAAGGGGAUGGCUAAGGAUGUCCACCGAACUCUCCAUACUAUUGCGCAAGAGAAGGGAUCUCUCGACAGCUCUAAAGCUGAGAGCAUGGUGAAGAAUCUGCAAAUGACCGGAAGGUAUCUGCGUGAUGUGUGGUGAUAACUCCACCCAUGUGAUCUCCAGAGGCAUAUUGCAGAAUAUUUAAAGAAAGGUAAAUCUUGGUUUGAGUGAAUUAUUGCGAAAGCUGUUCCCAAAUUGAGUCCCUUUGUCGAUCACUUAGAUGGGAGUUUUGCUAGGUCUUCUUCUCAGCAUGGCAGAAGUUACAGCAGAUAUGAAGGAUUCUUUUGUUCGUGUAAUUUAUAGAACACAGAUGUAGUCACUAGUUACAGCUCUCGUUUCUGUAGCGUUCUUGUUCUAGUACGAACCAAUAAAGAUGGUUCAAGACCUUCAAAUUCAUAUACAUUUGCUGUAAUAUUAAACGGAUGAAAUAAUUUAGAAUUUUUGUCUCA